AGACGGUGUCCGUUAAAAAUUUAAUUUCAAAGUCAUUUUCUACGGUUGAAGUAAACAGCUAAUUUUAUUAUUUUGUUGUUGAAGUGAAAUGAUUAAUUUUGUUAUUAAAUAGUAGUCUGUUGUGUUUUGUCUGGAUAACGUAAAUAUAAAUGAAAAUGAGUUCGGAAAAUUCAGAUUCAGGACCAACCAUUGUCCUUUCGCGGGUGGCUCAAUUCGAUGAUUUGAAUCGUCUCAACGGAGUUCUAAACGAUGGAGCCGCUGAAGAAUAUUUCCGUGCAUUUGUGAAACAUAUAGAAUGGGUCAGAACCCAAUGGGCUGCAGCAGAAACAGAGGCAAUGCGCCUCCAGUCUGAAUUAGAUGAGGCACUGCGGACUCUUUCCAAAUGGGAGGCAAAGUUUGCCCAUGUGAGGAAAUUACUUGACGGAGAAAAGAGGGAAAGGAAUAUUGUAUUGAAAAAAUGCAAUGAAUUGAGCAAGCGAUUGGAGAUGGCCCGUGAUUUGUUAUUUAACGACAACCGCACCAAGCUGAAUGAUGAGACUCUGCAGAAACUUGCCUUCUUAAAUGGUGCCCAGCAAGACCAUAAUGCCAAACUUAACGGCGUUCCCGAGUUGAACUCCACUGGUACACUGCUGUCGGAGAUGUCAUACUCCCGCUCAGAGGACGAUCUCGAUCUGUCCCUAGCGUCCACUCGCCGUUCGUGGGUACAACGCGGUGCUUGGACUGCACGCGAGAACCCGCCCGCGUCUAAGAAACGACGUUCCUCUACUUCGUCCGCCACUAAGACAGUGGAGUUGCAAGGUGGGAAAGUGCUAGCUACCGCCACCACGACACUGACUCUGGAGCGCGCACCCACCGGACACGAUCUGAAACCACCGCAGAACUUCCAACCGAUAUCAGAGAGCAGUGACGAGGCACCGCCGCCGAGGAAGUCGUCCUGUCGCCUCUCCGGUCAGCAUGUCAAGAAGGAGGAACGCGAGCCGUGCACACCAUCGGCUCCACCGCAUACAGACAUAGACAGCGGGCAGGAGACGCCCCGCGGCGGCGGUUGUGUUGGCGGCGCGGCGCGAGUGCCGCAGCGCACGCCGUCGGCGGCGUCGGCGCUGUCGGCGGCGCUGGGCGGCUCGCCACGCGCCCGCCUGCGUCCGCACAACUUCGUGCCCAAGAACUUCUACCGCCGCGAGACCUGCGGGCCCUGUGGCAAAACUAUUGGGUUCGCGAAAGUGGGCGUGAAGUGUGAGUCGUGUCGUGCGCAGGCGCACCCCGAGUGCCGCGCGCUGCUGCCGCUGCCGUGCGUGCCGCCCGGCCCGCUGGCUCGCCGCCCCAAUGCCAGACAGGAGGGCAGCAUCGCAGACUUCGCCCCGAGCUCGCCGCCGAUGGUGCCGGCGCUGCUGGUGCACUGUAUCAAUGAAGUGGAGAAGCGCGGCCUCAGCGAGCGUGGCAUUUACCGCAUCAGCGCCGUAGACAAAGAUGUCAAGCGACUCAAGGAGCGGUUUCUACGCGGGUGCGGGUCCCCACAACUAGGCUCGGAGGACAUCCACGUGCUAUGCGGCUGCAUCAAGGACUUCCUCCGAUCGCUCCGGGAGCCGCUGGUGUCCAGCGCUUUAUGGUCGGACUUCAUGGAUGCAGCGCGUCUCUCCGAGCCCAGCGAUGCUACCGCUGCCGUGGUACAAGCAGUGAGUCAACUGCCGCAACCAAAUAGGGACUCGCUGGCUUUCCUCGUGUUGCAUCUUCAGAAAGUGGCGGAGAGUCCCGAAUGUGAAAUGGGCAUCGAGAACUUGGCGAAAAUAUUUGGUCCCACCGUCGUGGGGUAUGGACUGGUGACACAGGCAGAGAUGUACAGCGCCACCGCGCAGAUGUUCAAUGUGAUGCAAUUGUUGCUUCGGCUGCCGUCGGAUUACUGGGCACAGUGGGCGUGCCCCACGUCGGCCGCCAGCUCACCGCAGCAGCAGCAGCAUGGUGCCGUGGGUACCAUGGGCACCAUGGGCACACUACCAACGCCGCACCAGGCCAAGCCCAGGGGAUUCUUCUUCUCGCCCGUUGAUACUGGGGUAUCGAGAAAGAAGAGAAAUUACUUCCAUUGAUAUGCCAAUGAAACAAUUAUUGUUAGUGAGUGAUCAUUUAUGUUAACCAUUUUCUUGUAUAUUAUCUAUCACUUUUCUAUUUAUGAAUUAAAUAAUUUGACCUCUAAUUAAGAUAAUUCGAAAUCACUUUGCUAAGUUUUCAGUUGUGAUAUCUAUUUGUUUUUGGUCGUAUAGAUAAUUAAAAGAGAAGAGAAUUUAUUUUAAGGGAAAUAAUUUUUUUUAAUUUCCACUUCAAAAAUUAGUAACUAAUUAUUGUAUUUAAUCACCUAUAAAAUGUUAAUUUUAAUGCAUCAUUAAUUUUAUGUUAAAUAAUUGUAUGACACGACAUACAAAGAGAAGAAACUCGACACCUUGACACAUAUAAAAUUUCAAAUUUUUUAUCAACUCAUGUUAGAAGUGGUAGAACAAUUCCUUAAAAGGAUCGAUAUAUCACCCGUCUACUAUUCACUGCUGAACAUAGGCAUCCGCCAUAAGGGAGAAUGUAGGACACAUUGCCUUUACCUGUACUUUAGAAACUUUCUUCCCCAUCGAUUGUCGGUUCUUCAGGUUUUAUACAGUAAAAUAUAGAUAAAAAAAUCAUUGAUUCAAUUCAUUAAUUAGACUAAACUUAGUGAUGCAUUAAAAUAAAAUAAAAAGUUUUGGAACUAUCGAAUUAAUGUAAUAGAAUUAACCAAUACUUUUACCCCUGCUUUUAAAUGUACUUUAAAACUAAAAAAUCAGUACAUAAACUACUAAGGUGUGAUGAAAAAGAAAUUACAGUUCUUGUAAAAAAAUAGCAAAUAUUUGCAGUCCUUAUAAUAUUACAAACUGUUUUGAUAAAUGUCCAUUAUAUACUAAAGUUCAUUGCAUAUAAAUAAUAUUGUGUAAUAAUAACCACAAGAAGGUGAUUAUAUAUAAUUAAAUCAAAUUAAUUUGAUCUAAAUAUUUCAUAGAAUUAGAAUCUUAUAUAAAUAGAUAUAAUAAAUUAUAGAUGUAGUUGUUCCCAUAUCUAAGGUUGACUAAAUUGACGGUAAUUCUUUAUAAUGUUUAAAAUUAUGUUUGUCUACUAAUAUAAAGUACAUCAUUUAAUUGUAUAUAGAGGGAGACUUUGUACAAAACUCGAUUGCUUGGGUACCUCUGUCCCAUUCGUGUUUCAACCGUGAAGCAGUUGUGUUUGCAUGGCUGUGUUUCGGUUUGAAGGGUGGGAUAUGGCGUGAAUUUACAGGGUACAGAGGAAUAACACCUGAGUCCUCAGGAAUGGCAACGCAUGGGGGGUGUCAUGGGCGAAACAGUAUGCUCUGUUAUGUCCAUGGUACUGCUCAUGUCUAUAGGCAACGGUUACCACUUUCCAUCAGGUGGGCCGUCAGCUUGUUUGCCAUUCUAAGUUGUAUAAAAAAAAAUAUAGAGCUAGUGUCAAAAGUAUUUUCUUUUUUUUACUUGUAAUAAGUAAUGAAUCCAUCAAAAGGGAGCAGGUUAAGCUUGUAUGUAGUCUGGGUCAGUCAGUGUACACUAUUAUAUAAAGAAGUUACUCCCAAACAUAUUCGAAAAUAGUGAUUUUUUAUUUAUUUUUUUGGCACAAAUUAAAUCUUAAAUUUAGACAUAGCAACACAGUUAAAUAUAGUGAAAUAUUAAUGAUAGACGUUGUUUUGAUAUAAAGUUACCACUUUCAAUCAGGUGGGCCGUCGUUUUGUCAACCAAUCCCAGUUGUAUGAAUAAAAAAAAAACUAAUAUUUUUUAUUAUUAUAAUAAUUAUACAACAUACUCAAUUUAUAAUCAUUUUCUAAUGUUUUGUACAUUUGGUAUUUAAUAUAUAUAUAUUUUUUUUUCGUUAGUUUUAAUAAGAAGUGUACUUAAUAAUUAUUAAGGUUUUUUUGUUUCUUCUUUCUUACUAUUUGAUCAUAAUAAAGUGUGAGUAAAUUUCGGUCUUAAUCAAACAUAAGAGCUAGACAAAUAUCAGUGUGAAGGCCCUCACUUCAUAUAUAUGUAUAUAUACAUAGAUUGAAAAAUUAUACAUUCCGAUACGUUCCUACGAAAUUCGAACACGCUCCUCUUAAUCCAAGUCUACACUAGACUCAGUUCCCAAUUCCCAGCAAUUAAAAAUAUUCAGACUGGAUGUUUAAAUACAAUCGGAUAGAACUGUCGAAAGGUAAAAUUUUUCAACCUAUAUAUUUGUAAUGUUAAUGUAUUAACCAUCUUGUUAAUUACAGUUAAAUUCAACUGGUUAUGUGACUUGCUAAUAUUAUAAGCAAUUUCCGUUACCGCGACGUACCUCCAGCCGCCUACGACUGUAUAUAGUGGCUUGUUCAUGUUUAUUGCAUAUAUAUGUAUAUAAAUUAGCUUUAUCACACAUUCCUUUGUAAUAAAUAAGAUAUCUGAUAUGUUUUUGCAAAUAUAUUAUCUGGAACGAGUCAAUAAGUUCUGUAGAAGUCAAGUCUAAAGAAAACCUCUAGUUGUACAUCAUCCUAACAUCCUUUAACUGCAGAAUUUGCAAAUUAGAAACCACAGUUAGGCUUUAGAGAUGUUUUAAGAGAGACGCUGCUGCCCAUCCCUCGCCCUCUUUUGUCGCCUUUUACGACACCCACGCGAAAGGAAGGUGUGUACAUAAAUCUUAUUAAUAUAAUAAAUGUGAAAGUUUGUAACUAUGGAUGAGUGUUUGUUACGCUUUCAUGUAAAAACGAAUGAAUGUAUUUAAAUAAAAUGUGGUACACGGGUAGAUUAUAUCCUAACUUAGUAUACUAUAUGUAUACUUUAUGUACUAAUUCACGCGGACAAAUCCGCGGGAUUAAAUUGAAAAGCUAAAUAACCCAGUGUUACGAAUCUUAGCAUAUGCGACUUCUUAACACGUUAUUUAUUUCCAAAAUACUAUUAAUUCCCAUCCAUUGUAACGCCACGUUUAUCUAAUUUCGACUUACUUUUGUUAACAACCUCAAGCUUAUGUACAAUGUAUAAAACAUAAGCUUAACUGCCCUUAGGCAGUUUAAUAAUAUGUGCUGUAAAGUACGUUAUAUGCCCAGAUAUGUAACGUAUUUUUCACAAUUAGUUAACAAUUUGGCAUAUCUCUUGGCUCAAAAUUACAGUGCAUAAGGUAAACAAUAAGGUACAUUAAAAAUAUUUUUAUGUUAUCGGUUUUUCUAUUCCUCUCGCUCGAUUAACGGAAUUUUUUGUCUAUUCCUUAUAAAUAUUGGGCAGUAGGUUUUUUUGUAUGAUUUUUAUGUUCUUCUGCUCAGAAGUGUACUGUCUGAUUAUGUUAUUAAAAAUCAUGCUCAAUUCAUUUAUUGAUGUCUGUACUUACUGUAAAUUGAAAUAAAAACCAUAACUACUA